GGGCUGGGGCCUUACAAAUACCUGCAGGGCAUGACAGUUGGUCAUCGUCAAGCAAACGGAAAGAUUACAAGCAUCGAACAAGAUCAUUUUUCUGACUUUACAAAGAUAAGCAAGUGUACAGUAGAGCAGACAGAAAAUCUACUCUCAGGAACUAACCUAUCUCAUAUCUUAUAAAUACAUUCUUCAAGUGCAGCAGAUCUAAUUCAUCUGCAAAAUGCAAGCUGUUGGUAAGUGUUCAGUGUGUGCUAGUCGUGCUGUCGGAGGACUUCUGCGAAAUCAGACAGACUUUUCACUGCUGCGGAGCAACAAGAGUGUGCUCAGGAGAGGAGCCGCCUGUAUUCGUUUCCUAAGCAGUUCAAAGAGUGACCUAUUUAGCGGCAUGAAGCCUGGAGUCCAGAAGUUUGGGGAACAGACAGAUCCUGCACAUAUGAGCAUAGCACCUUUCAGUGUUGGCCGUGGGCUUGAUGCUAUCCCGUCUACACAGCAAAUGGAAAACCUCUCUCAUGACUCUCUGAUCAGAAGAGCAGCCUCCGUGGUGACAGACAGUUCAAGUACCUUCCUCUCCCAGACCUCCUUGGCUCUCAUAAAUGCCCUUAAUGACUACUCAAAGGCUUUGCACACACGCAUUGCUCUCCAAAGACGGUAUUUAGCCUCACUGGGAAAACUGACUCCAGCAGAGAAGGAUUCGUUCGUGGAGGUUAUCAAUGGCCAGCGUACAGAGGUUAGUGACAGACUACAUGAAUGCAAACGCUUUGAGUCAACCUGGAUCAAUGCUAUCAACUUGUGUAAAAUGGCAGCCGAGGCAGCAAACAUUUCAGGAGCCGAGCAGGCGUCCAUCACAGUGAUGACAAACAUUCAGAUGGCCCAGUCGCAGGUGGGGGAAGCUCGGAAAAUGUCAGCAGCUGCAGAUAAGAUGUUGGCCGAGACUAAAGUAGAAGAGAUCCAAAGGAUGGCAGAAUAUGUUUCGUUUCUAGACAAUAGCGAGGAGUAUGAGGUGCAGGAAGCUUAUCUACGAGAGGACUAAGACAAAUAGACAGAGAUAUUGGAACAACAACAAAUAUUUGCAUGCUUUACCUGGGGCUGCACAAUUAAUUGAAUAUUAAUCACGAUCAUGAAUUUGGCUUUCCAAAAUUAUAUGAUCAACUGCGAUUUUGAUAUUUAAAAUGUGUGCUCCGCUCAGAGAAAACCUCAGUGUUUAUGCCAAUUUGACAUAGUAGCCAAACUGUGGAAUUACAACUUCCAUGUCCAUCAUCAUCAUGGUGAUGCCAUGUGACCCAAAAAGAUUUUUCCCCGUAGACUUUACAUUGGAAAAGGGACAUCUAAAUCAGUGGAUACACGUUUUUGAGUGUCACAACCCCCACCCAUGAAACAACUAAUUUCACUAUCAGGUUUGGAUCAAUGACAGAACAGACUCUCACACUGAGCUGAAAUUAAAACACAGUGCUGCAACACGUGUCUUUUGAAUUCAACUAAAGACAUUCAUUUUAAAGGAUUUAGUUUUAAGAAUAAAACAAACAAACAAAAAUAUCCAAAUCCCAAAAUUCAAAAGUGAAUACCUACCCAAAGAAGGAAUAUCCGAAUAGUCUAGCCCUACUUAUUUUGAUGCAAAGAUUUGUAAAUUAGCAUAAAUGUAGCACAACAUGGAAGUGAAAGUGAUUUUGGCCAUAAUCGUGCAACCCUACUUUCACCUUUGGAAGCUAUGAGUUUUCUGAAUGUGAUUUCCCUAUUAUGGUUCUCUUCCUCUUUCUGUCUUUUUGAGUCUGGAAGAUGUUUAGGCUGCAUUUACACAAAGAAAAUCUAAAUUUGGAAAAGGAAUGAAUAGCUAGCAAUUUGUAAUUCUUCAAUGUUGUAUAUAUCAUUAUUUAAGACUAUUUAUUUGAUUAGUGAAUGUCAGCUGCGUUAGAAGCUCAAGGACAAUGAUUAUUGAAUUUCCAGUAAAUGUUGUAUGGCAGUGGGGCUUAUCCAGUAUCGGAUCACAAAGUUGUUUAUUGUAUGUUUUGUUGUAACAAAGAC